CGCUCCUGCAGAGAGGUAUCGCUGCCUGGGGCCGGCCGUGAGGGCUGUGCCCCUCGAGUUGCUUGUGAGAUAUGGAAGGGGAGGUUGGGUGAUGGGUCCCUCGCUUUCCCUUUCGCUUGCGUCUGGAAGAAGGACGGUGAACUAGGUGGGAAGUAAAAUGCUCCCGACAAUGCGUCGCCAUCGGGGGGAUCGCCAGAGGCCUAGUAUGCUGGGUAUCUUCUGCAUCGCACGGAAUUGGAACUAGACACAAAGCUGGGGUUGUUACUGGCAGAAGAACCAGGAUUCAGAUCUCAGUGGAACUUGAUUUCAAAAGCUAUUGAAACAAAGGACUGCUUUCAAAUUUGGACAUGGCUAAUCGAGGAGCAACAAGGCCCAACGGGCCAAAUGCUGGAAAUAAAAUUUGCCAAUUCAAACUAGUACUUUUAGGAGAGUCUGCAGUUGGCAAAUCAAGUUUGGUGCUUCGUUUUGUAAAAGGACAGUUUCAUGAAUUUCAAGAAAGUACGAUUGGAGCUGCUUUUCUAACCCAGACUGUAUGUCUGGAUGAUACAACGGUAAAAUUUGAAAUUUGGGAUACAGCUGGGCAAGAGCGGUACCACAGUUUAGCACCCAUGUACUACAGAGGAGCACAAGCAGCUAUAGUGGUAUACGACAUUACAAAUGAGGAGUCCUUUGCCAGAGCGAAAAAUUGGGUCAAAGAACUUCAGCGACAAGCAAGUCCUAACAUUGUAAUAGCUUUAGCAGGAAACAAAGCUGAUCUAGCUAACAAAAGAGCUGUGGAUUUCCAGGAAGCACAGGCUUAUGCAGAUGACAACAGCCUAUUGUUCAUGGAGACAUCUGCCAAAACAUCUAUGAACGUAAAUGAAAUAUUCAUGGCAAUUGCAAAAAAAUUGCCCAAGAAUGAACCACAGAAUGCAGGAGCCAGCUCUGCCAGAGGAAGAGGAGUAGACCUUACUGAACCCACACAACCACCCAAGAGUCAAUGUUGUAGUAACUAAAAGAUCAGUUGCUUUAAACUGUUCUGAAUAUUCUUCUGCUUCCUAACUGUUAAUAACCAUGGAAUUGGAGUGCUUAACCUGGUCCAGUACAGCUUCCAAACAGCGAAGAGACUUACGAUAAUAGUCAAGUUCAUGAUACAGAGUUUUCUUUUCACCUAAAAUUUUAACAUGCAUGUAUUCACCACUGGCUGUAAUGUUUCAGCAGUAGAGGAGAGAUGGAGGUGGAAUAAACUUCCUUCACCUGAAAGGUUUUAAAAAUCAGUUGUUAUUAUUAGGGGUGUAGAAGAACUACUUUCUGUGGACCUAAUUGGCCAGUUCCUGUAGCCUCAAUACUGAUCACUGUUAUAAUAAAUAGAAUUGGGUCUUUUCAUAAUUCUCAAUUGUGCUUUAAAACCUCCUUAGAAACAGGGUCUAAAAAUUACUUAAACUUAUUUGCAGUAUUGAUGCAACCAGUUGUUUCUGCAGGUAUCCACUGUUUAGUUAUACAUUCCAUAGGUUAAUAAUUUUAUUACAAAUAAUACUUGCAUUAACAAUUUUAAGAAAUCCUAUGCUUGCCGGAAAGUGGAGUUUUAGUUGGUACACUGUAUGUAAAUUAUAUCAACCCAGUUAGUUAUCUUAAUGAAUUAGUGAUGAAUCAAGUCUAACUUCAUUUCUAAUCUCUUCAGAGGGUACAGACCAGUAAAUUCAACUUUGCAACUUAGGAUAUGGGGUUUUUUGUCCUCUACAAACUGUAAGAGCUCUUCAAGUAAAACCACAACAAACUCGGUGUCUGUGACUUCUUUCUUGUUUCUGAUCAUUGCUGGCCAUUACAGUUUGUUUUUCCCCUAAGGAAAAAAUAAAUAGUGCACUAACGACUAUGUACAUCCAACUUGAUUUUAAAUUUGGAUAUUAAUGUACUGUAAAUAGGUACUCUGCAUUGUAGUCUACAUUUGUUUAAUACUUUCUGUAAUAUUUAAGAGUUGCUUAAAGGUAUACAGAAUGUACAGUUACUUAAAGCUAAUUUUUUUCCUCUCUAAUCAAAGGGGGUUCUGAGUUCUUCCUUUAUGGCUAGAACAGUAAUAAAUGAUGCUCCUGUAUCUGUAACAUAAAUACUGCUGUCUGUCAGUAAUGAACUUCGCAACUUUGUUUUCCAAAGUACAUUUUAUUUUGAUCAGUCCAGUAUAUUGCACUAAUUCUUUUAGUUAUUUUCAUUAUAUGAAAUCUACAAAGUGUGUCAGAAGAGAUGAAUUAGUCUAUUUAAAUGUUGAACUGAUAGAAACUUACUUGUGCAGAUUUUAAAUUUGCAGUAAUCUGGGUUUAGCAAGAAAAAUGACAGUUCACCAGUGUUUAGUUUUAUAUUGAGGUGCUCAGGUUUGAAUAAAGUGGUUUAAAAAAUU